AUGUCGCGGUUCAAGAUUUCAGCAGCACUAUGGGACAGAAUACACCAUUUUGCCUCUUUCCCCCAGACCGGCGUCUCACUACAACAAAUGAUCUUAUUCGGCCAACAUCCAUCACAAGGAACACUACUCAAGGCUUCUCAGUUCCUGUCUGAGGAGCUACCGAUACGCCUCGCUCACCGCGUGGUUGAGCUUGAAAGUCUGCCAUAUGGGAUCAGCGAAACACCUAGUAUAACCAAAGUGAAAGAGUGGUACGCUCAAAGCUUCGAGGAGCUGGUGACAUUCCCGAGACCAAAGCUGCCUCCAGAGAUCCAAGAGAUGCUCCGUGUACAGCCGAAAGACGACUCCCAAUUCCCUUCUGCAACGCUCAACCCUUCUCUGGAUCCCCUCAUGCACGAGGGGCCCGUUGGAAGUAACCUCAUUUCUGAACGGGGAGGAUACAUCGGUCAAAUGGGCUUGAAUGGAUCCGGUAGUAGUGGACCAAGAUUAAGAAUACCCAUUGAGAGAAGAUACUUUUCCCCACCGUCCCCUGACAUCACGUACCCGCCAGAGGUGCACGAAUACAAUGACCAGUUCACCGACCUGCUGCAGAAUAUCAAACGGAGACACGACCCUACCGUGACGACUGUAGCGCAGGGGGUCCUGGAAUGGAAGAGGAAUCAGAAAGCAGGGCGAAUCGAUCAGAGCAUACAAGAGUGGUUGGACAGAUUUUACAUGAGCAGAAUAGGGAUAAGAUUCUUGAUCGGACAACAUGUCGCCCUGAAUACUCUUCAACCCCAUCCAGACUACGUCGGGAUCAUAUGUACGAAAUCGAAUGUACACGAUAUAUGUCACGAAGCGAUCGAGAACGCGCGAUUCGUGUGCGAGGAUCACUAUGCUCUGUUCAAAGGUCCUCCAAUACAACUCUUGUGUCCUAAAGAUCUGACCUUCCCUUACGUCCCUGGUCACUUAUCACAUAUCUGCUUUGAAUUGCUCAAAAACAGUCUACGCGCCGUCGUGGAGCGAUACGGAGUAGCCAAUGAGGACGAAUUCCCACCUAUCAAAGUGGUCGUUGUGGAAGGCAGCGAGGACAUCACCAUCAAGAUUUCAGAUGAGGGCGGAGGGAUACCACGAAGUGCCAUCCCUCUCAUAUGGACGUACCUCUACACGACUAUGAGCGAUGAGGGAUUGGAAGCGAACAUUGAGAGUUCAGAUUUCAAAGCUCCGAUGGCUGGAUUCGGGUACGGUCUGCCAUUGUCAAGACUGUACGCCAGAUUUUUUGGAGGUGAUCUAAGACUCAUUUCGAUGGACGGUUAUGGCACAGACGUCUAUAUCUCGCUGAACAAGCUGUCAUCAAGGUGA